ACGUGUUCAAACCUGCUCUUGCUUUCUUUAAUUUCGAUUCGUCUAACUUCGCAUUUAUAUCACACUGCAUACGAAGAUGUGAUCGCAAGAGAAUAUCAACUUUGGGUCAAGUCUUAUCUUCAGCUUUAAUUUGGAAACAAUAUGGCAAGGUAAACGAAGAAGGAAGAAUCGCAAUAUUUCUUCUAAUAUAACACAUGAUGGAACAAGAACUAAAGCAAAAGAGUACGUUUAUUAGAUUAGCUAAUGAAAGUGCAAUCGAUCAGGAAUGUAAAGAAACAUUAAUAAGAAAAUUACAAGCCAAAUCCCAGGCUCUUUCUCUUUUAAAUCAAGAACUUGAUCAAUGUAAAGUACAAAGAGAUCAAUUUAAGUUAAUGGCUGAACAGAUACAAGAACGAUUUAUAAAUUUAAAAAAACAGAUGAACGAUGCGAAAGAAUUAAAUGGUUAUAAUGUAGAUAGUGACUUUAGGACGUUAGAUCUUCUUGCGGAAUCAAGAGAACAAAAUAAAUGUCUUCGAUUACAAGUUGAAAUGUUAAGACAAAAAUUAGGUGACGUUCAAGGCGAUAUUAAAUUAUUGCGUACAAAUAAUAAUCGCAGUAGUAAGGAACAACAGGAAACACAAUAUACGUCGGCGAUACAUCAAAAAGAAGAAAUGAUUGAGCAAUUAGAAAAAUUGAAUAUAAAGUGUUCACAAUUACAAAUAGAUCUACAAACCGUUCUCGAUGAAAAACACGAGUUAGAAAUAGAAAGAGAUGCGUUCAAAUGUAAAGCACAUAGAUUAAAUCAUGAACUUUCCAAAGCAUUAAAUGCAUCUAAACCGAUGGAUGUAGAUGCUCUUAUUAACGAAAACAGAUAUUUGCAAGAAAGAUUACAACAAUUAAUUGAAGAAAAAGAACUCGCAAGACAAUCUCUCUCAAAAUAUAAAAGUAUGCUGGAUAGUAAAAGAGCAAAAGGGACUAUUAAAUUGGGUGUUAAUCCUGCUGCUGGAAUGGUGAUGAAACACAAGCAAGUUGAAGAGCUUUUACAGCAAACACGUAUACCACUUCAAAAAUCUACUGUUGCAAUAGAAGAAUUACAUUGUUUGUGCACUGCUCUGAUGGAAGCAUUGAAUGAUAAAACUUUAGCUUUAGCACAUCAAAAAAAAGCUAAUAAAAUUUUGGCUUCGAGAAUUUGUGAGUUGGACAGUAUGAUAGAAUCACCAACAACAACGCUAUUGGAAGGCUACACAAGUGCUGAUGUUGACCAAAAAUGUAGUAGUCUUCGUAAUGAUAUAGACCACAUAUCAGAAUGUACUACGGAAAAAAUCAAUGAAAAUGUGACUGAUACAAAAGAAACAAUCGUAGAUAAUUCUUCAUCUUCGGAAAUACGAUCAGUACAUACUAUACAAAUGAAUCUUCCUAAAAAUUUAGAAACUUUAGUUCAAAAAGCUUUGAAUAAUUUAAAAGAUGCUGAUAAACAUGAUAAAUAAAAGUUUUAUAUAUAUUAUGUGAAAAAGUACAAAAGAGUGUCUGAACAUAUGAACAUGAAGCAAUAGAUGGUAUUAUUUCUUUGAGUUUGAUAAAUGAUAAAUCGAUCAAAUAAUACUAAAAAUAUUAACGAAAGAAAUAUAUACGAAAUAACCAAAGAAUAUUUUCAUUAUUAAUUAUUUAAUCGUAAUAUGUUUUAUAAUAUUAUGUGAUAUUAGAUCUAUAAUUCUAUUAUAUUAAUUUAUUAUUUCAUUAUUUGUCAUUGAUACUUGGAAAAAUAAUUGUAAUUUAGUAAAUGUAUCAUAUGUAUGUAUUAUAUACAUUAUUUAAAAAAAAAAAAUUUAUUAAUAAAUAAUGAUGUGUGUGUGUAUAUACAUACAUACAUAUAUAUGUAUGUAUGUAUGUAUGUAUGUAUAUAUAUAUUAUAUAAAAAUGUAUGAUCAUAUAUAUAAUUAUGAAAAUUUAUUAUAUGCAAUGUCAGCUGCAUUACCAUAAUAAGCCGGUUGACAAUAAAAAGAACGUACGAGAUAACGUCUUUCACGUAAAUAUUUUUCGUGUAAAACCCAAUCUAAUCGGUUCAGCCAAGAAUUAAAUUUUGUAUCAAUGCCAUGCAAAGCAUUCGUAUGUUCGGAUAGAUCUUGUUCUUGUUGUGACUGCAGCUGCUGUUGUUGUUUUUGUUGUAAUUGGUAAUAAUAAUUACUAUAUCGUCGAUUUCUAUAUUAUGAAAAUAUUUUAUAUCGAAAAAUGAAAGUAUUCAUUAGGAAUAAAUAAAAAUAAUCGUAUUUAUAUCUUACACUA